AUGGCCGCACGGGAUUGCGCUCGCGCUCGCGGCUCCCCUCCCCCCAGGCGCCCGGGAGGCCGGGAGCGCGACGCGCGUCGUCGUGCGCCGGUUACCCUGCGUCCGGGCCGGUGGUCCCGGCAGCUUCUAGCCCCGCGCCAUGCGGCUCCUCGGGUGGUGGCAGGUCCUGCUGUGGGUGCUGGGACCUCCCGCCCGCGGCCUGGAGGUUGCAGAGGACAGCAGUCACUUGCAGUCGGAAGAGCAGCGUGCUCCCUCCCUGCAGGCGGGAGCUGUGUUGGCCAGUGAGGAGGAGCCCCCGCGCGGCCCCGCAGGCCAGGACAUGUCUGCAGGAGAGGCCGGCUCAGUGCUGGGGCUGGAUGCUGACGGCGACCACGUGGUGAUGCUAUCCGUAAUCCCCGGGGAGACCGAGGACAAACUGAGUCCGGAGCCCAGCAGCGGCACCUGUGGGGCCCGAGGGGAGGAGGACUCGCGGUGCAGUCUCCGGGAGCACAUCUUCUCUCUGGAUGGUGUGGGACCCGGCUUCCAGGACAGGGAGGAGGAGUAUUACGCAGAGCCUGAAGUGGCUGAAUCCGACCCGGCCCCACCCGAGGACUCCAAUAACACGGAAAGUCUGAAAUCCCCCAAGGUGAACUGCGAGGAGAGAAAUGUGACGGGAUUAGAAAACUUCACUCUGAAAAUUUUAAAUAUGUCACAGGACCUUAUGGAUUUUCUAAACCCAAAUGGUAGUGACUGCACGCUAGUCCUGUUUUACACCCCGUGGUGCCGAUUUUCUGCCAGUUUGGCCCCUCAUUUUAAUUCUCUGCCCCGGGCAUUUCCAGCUCUUCAUUUUUUGGCACUGGAUGCAUCUCAGCACAGCAGCCUUUCUACCAGGUUUGGCACCGUAGCUGUUCCUAACAUUUUAUUAUUUCAAGGAGCUAAGCCAAUGGCUAGAUUUAAUCAUACAGACCGAACAUUGGAAACACUGAAAGUCUUCCUUUUUAACCAGACAGGUAUAGAAGCCAAGAAAAAUGUGGUGGUAACUCAAGCUGACCAAAUAGGCCCUCUUCCCAGCACUUUGAUAAAAAGUGUGGACUGGCUGCUUGUAUUUUCCUUAUUCUUUUUGAUUAGUUUUAUUAUGUACGCUACCAUUCGAACGGAGAGCAUUCGGUGGCUAAUUCCAGGACAGGAGCAGGAACAUGCUGAAUAGCAACGGACUGAAAGGAGACGUCAGGACAAGAAAUUUCAGAAAUUAAUGCUGCACUUCCUUACAUAUUCUCCAGUGAAGUACAGACUUACAGCUUUAGUCAGAUUAAAAGAAUCAUGCAUUUGUUGAACUGUUGAAUGUGUUAAAAAAUUAUAAAUUGGUGUUUUAAUUAGUACCACAAAAAACAAAUGCAAAUUCAACAGAAGUCACCAUUCUUGUUUUUACUAUUCCAAUAUUUUAAGAGGGUAAUCCAGUUUCAAAUGGGGGCUGUGUUCAGGUGGAACAGUGCGUAGAAUGAUAGUUGGCUUCAUAGGAGGAGGAAAUAGGACUUUUCACAGUAUAGUUCUAGAAAAGUCUUGAUUCCUAAAAAGUCUUUAUGUCGAAGAAGGUUGGUUUCCGUUCAUUUGCAGUUUUUCUCUCAGAGCCUGUAAGCAGGAAAAUGUUCUGUUGUGGAAGAAGAACUAGAAUGGAUAAGUGUGACCUUGUAAGUAACUGGGAAAAUAAAAGAGUCAAGUACUU